AUGGAGGCCAUAGGAAACGGUGCCUUUGCGGAUGAAUUUCUCGGCCGUCUACCUGCGCAGCUAGGCGAUCACGAAGCACGUCCUACUAUGGAACUAUCGGAGAGUGAUAUAGAACUCAGCCGGAUACCGCGUGACAUAGUUGAUAGAUUGAGUGGACAAGCUGACCUCGAUCUUACUAGCCUCAUAGCCCUUAUGAACCGCGUCAUCGACCAGGCAUAUAACCGAAUGUCUUCUCCUGGUUGCAAGGCAUCCCUUUUUUGGCGCAAGUUGUAUACAGAUGCAUCUGUCGUGGGAGUCCUACUUAGGCUAUCCGACUCAGUGCUGCUCGAAGCUGUCGCAAGGACCAGUAUCAUGAUGCUAGACCGUGCAAUUAUCUUGGCGGGCGCUCCUGGUGAUGCCAGCUUUGGACUGAUUCUGGACAUGAUCCGGUGGAUUCAAUCACACACGCAUUGGCAAGACCAUGAACUAGAGCGCGGCGAGUUUUCGGCUGGCCGAGAGGUCGUGCCAAAGCUAUCAACCUCACUUGGAAAUGUACCCUGCAUCUCACCCCCCUCUCUUACCGCAUUUCAGACGACCUGGUCCAGAUCUCCGUUUGUGCUGAAGGGAUUUGUCUCCGACUGGCCCGCAGUAAAACAUUGGAUCUCCAUCGAUUACCUUUCCUCCAUGGCUGGUCCCGGCCGAAUUGUUCCCAUGGAGGUAGGCGACGACUACAGAUCGGAUGAUUGGAUGCAGGAGCUUCUUGACUGGGAUGUGUUUCUGUCUACAUUGACGCAUUCGGGCCGGUCGCAAGACCCUUCGCUAACUUUCUAUCUCGCUCAACACAAUCUCCUGAGGCAGUUCCCUGCUCUAAGAGAAGAUAUCGCAAUCCCUGAUUAUGUUUAUAUGUCUCCUGGACCCUCUGCAUCAUAUCCAAACUACAGACCUCCAUCGAACGAGGAUCAACUUGUUAUCAACGCCUGGUUUGGCCCCAAGGGCACGAUUUCACCGGCUCACACCGAUCCAUUUUUCAAUUGUUAUGCACAAGUGGUUGGUCGGAAGACCGUCUGGCUUGCGCCACCUGAAAUUACACCCUUAAUGUAUUCUUACGGACCGUCGUUGGCAGGCACAGACGAAACACACCACCCCGCCGCUAAUAGCACGGAACCACUCAUGAGCAAUACCUCCCGGGUGGACGUGUUUCCUGUUUCCAAAGAGGUCCAAGAAGCAUCCAGGAAUAAAUACCCUGCAUUCUGGAACACGGUACCAGAGGAGGCUCUUAGCGUGACGCUUGAAGCUGGUGAUCUGUUAUUCUUCCCUCCAGGCUGGUGGCACGCUAUGCGGAGUGAAGAUCGCACACAUGACUUGCCAGCGGCUGUUGUAACCGAAUCCAACCACAUAGUCAACUUGCCGCGUUCGGGUUUGUUGACAACUCAAGCCCACUCGACGUCUUCAACAGUUCAGCCGUCGACAUUCACCAUCUUCACUGUUCAUGACAUGACCAUCUCCGACGUUGACCGUGUAGCUGGGCGCACGUCUCCAUUUCCGAGCGGCAGCAAGAAUGUCGUCUUAUCGCCUCCGCCCUCAGUUUCCCUAACGGACGAACACGUCUCGGAAGCCAUCCAGCAGUCUCCCGACAAUGGCGCAACCUUGGAUUUCACUCACAAAAGUCUCACGGACGUUGGAGAAGAUGGUGUUCAAUAUCUCGCGUGUGCUGGCGGGAACCAGUCCCUGCCAGAAGACAGUUCGAUAUCUAGAAUUACACUAGGGUAUAAUCGACUCACAACCCUGCCCACCGCCUUUGGGAUUUUGUCGCGUCUCAGAUACCUGAAUCUGAAGAACAAUAACUUCUCGUCGAUUCCCGAUAUCUUGACUGUGAUGCAAUCCUUGGAGAUUUUGGACAUCAGUCGCAACAAAAUCAAACGAUUCCCAACACAGCCAGGUUCACUGGUGGAUCUGCACGUACUAUGUAUAUCGCGAAACAGGAUAACCCGCCUACCGGGAUACCUUACAGAAUUCACCAAGCUCGACAUGCUGAAAGUCGACCAUAAUCCGAUAGAAUGGCCUCCAAAGGCAAUUAUAGAAGCCUGUGGUUCCUUGAGUGAUCCUCGAGCCGCGAAGGAGUGGAUCCUCUCACUGCAGAAGUGGUUGAGGGAAGAUAAAGAUUCCCGUCCUCAGCCAAAUAACAGAAAACCCAGCGUAGACUCGGUGAAGAGCGAGUGUGCUGUAUUGAAUCAGUCCAUUGACGACAGUAUACAGUCAUGGUCACAACUAGGCGAGAUAGAUGCCGGUUCAGGUUCGACCUCACACGCUCGAUCAGUCUCGGUUGAUAUACAGUUUCCGCUUCUGACCGAGUCAUCCAAGAACGUAGCCAAUACGCGCUUUGAGAGACCGCCGCCUUUGCAAUUGGGUUCGUUGGCUUCAUAUGAAGGUCCUUUACACCCAAGUUCUCCCGAAAGUUACCUUCCUACGCCUGACGAAUCAGUGUCUUCUACUGACGAUGAUCAUACCGCUGUCCUAGAGGGAUCCCAUCAGAACGGGAAGAGCUUCUCCUCUGGUGGCCACUGUGACCGUCGUCCCGCGAUCGUUGGUAAAAAGAGCCUUCCAGACAUACGGUCACCGCUUGGCGUGCGUGGAAUUGGGGACCAACCAUCUGUAACUUUGUCAGAGUCCAUUCGAAAUACGGCUGGCUCCAAGGUGAAGGAUACGGCGAAGGUGGAUGCUUCAUUCCCCUCCCCUCUUUCUCAUAGACAGGACUCGUCGUCGUCAUCCGAUGCAUCUACCAGACUUCCAAAGGUUGGCGGUACCCCACCAUCAACAGGAUCACCUACUUUUGUGGAUCGACCUCGGCCAGUCCCUGAUUCUGAGCGUCAUGCUUACUUCAAACGCCUCUCUGCGCUCCCUUCCAAUGCUAUCUCCAGUAAUCUCCCAGCUUCUCUGCUGUCCCUGGUCGAAUGCGCGAGAUCAUUGUUCUUCGCCGUAUCUCAGGUAUACCAGGCGCUUUCCCAUUAUGUUACGCACACUCUCGACUCGCAAUUAUCAUCUGUGCUCAGAAAGGUGACAGAUCCAGCAUAUACUUACAUGAUGCAGUUGAAUGCAGCCCUGGAACGCUUCGAUGCGAUGGGGAAGAAGACUAUGCCUCCUGCGUCUCUGUGUACCUCAUUGGUUGAGAGCUGUAGGGACACUGCUGCAGUCUUUGGCAAGGCGAUGGCGAUGCUAGCGUUACAACUGAAAAUACUUGCCUCCAAAGACGACGAUCGUUAUAUGCGUUCGUUGAUUUUGACGUUCUACGGGGCUGUUGCGGAAAUUUCACAUGCAUGGCAAACUAUGGUUCCGUACGCCGAAGCUGUUAAGCCGCAUUUGAUCGACCAUAGGAAAGCACCUGCCAUCAAGGCUCAUUUCGGAGCGGCGACUGGCUUGUCCACCCCCGAUGUCCCUCCGGCGUCCGCACCUGCGUUACACAUGCCAUUUCCUGUCCCACUUGCACGAUCGCGACCAGCGCAGUCAAAAGGUUUGGGGAGGACUCGUACGACUCGGCGGCAUGCCGGUUCAUUCAGUUCCAAGGAUGUGGAGAUCGGAAAGUCACUGGCGUCUUAUGACAUGCCACCACCGCCAGUCGCCUUAUCGAGUAGCGCGCCACCGAUAACUUUGCGAAAUGGACAACGGCGGCCUGCGAUGCCCUUGUCAGCGUCGACGUCUAGCAUCCCACCUCUGCCAACGACGAUGUCGAGUACCUUUGCGCCAUCGAGUCCUGCCUUGGGUUCGUUGGGUCGAAACGGAGACGCUCACCACUCUCGGCAGGGGUCUCAAGCAUCGCUCGUGGCUUCGUCCUCGGCGUUUUUGACUCACGCACCUCCUAGGAGACCUACCCUGGACAUUCCUCAGUCGAGGACAUUGGUUGAUGAGGAUGCGUUGGAUGCAAUGGAGAGAGCUGUGGACGCUGCGCCUGCGGUGUGGGAGAUGAUGAAAGAAUUUGUAACAAGUGGAUCAGAGCCUCCCGCCGCCAGCCAAGAUUUAGAUGAUGCCCUUGCACGAGCCAAAAUCGUAACGGAACGCUUACGAACAAAUCUUCACGCGACACGCUGUGGAGAUCCAGCAUCCGAUAGGAAGGCGCUGCGUGAAGAUGCACACGUGUUUGUGAAGAUUGUGGUCAAGCUCUCGGGCAUAAUUAAGGCCCACGGCUGUUCCCACGCGUUGUUCCCGGAUCUUCGUGACAAGAUGGUCUUGUUGACCAACUCGACGCAAGAGUUCCUGAUGCUCCUUCAUGUCUCAUCGUUUUCACCGUCCACGACGCCACUUCCUUAUUCACCUAUGACGAAUGCUUUGCAACCCAGCCUUGCUAGUCACCUAGAUGACAACAAGCUUGGUGCCAGCCUCUCGCGCAGUCGCAGUGCACAACAACCCAGAAUGUUGAAACUAUCUACACUGCCCAUGCGCGAACUGCCUCGGAGCGCUCUUCCUAAUCAGACCUUCACCAUCACUCUUCCUCCCCGGCAUGCUGUCGGCAUCAAAGAUGUAACUAAGGAUGAAGGCUGA